CACGGUUAAAAUUUUAAAUUUCCACAAAUAUUAAUAAGUUUAGAACCGAUUUUGGCAGUGAAAUGAGGCAAAAGUUAGAAAACUAGAAUACACAUUACAAAUUCAAACAAACAAAAAGCGCGCCCCGUAUCAUAUCAUCAAGGUGGUUGGAAAGUCAUUUCCCGGUUACCACCAGUCAAGGAAUCGAAGACAUAAAUCGGAUUAAAAAGGUGAUUCUAACGAACAUGCACAAGAAAUACACAAAGCUACAAUUACCAAAAAAUACCCGAACACUUGCUAAAAUUAAACAAAGAUAGGCGAGUAAAUUAAUGUAAAUCUACAGUAAUAGGUGGUAGAAAUAAUUUUGGCAAAUAUUUUAGUUCAUUCACCGAUAUAAAUAGAAAACGUGUUAGCUGGAUAGAUAGCAAAAAAAAUUCAAAAAACAACGAGGAGAAAAAAAAUCGACGCAACAGCAAAAGCAUGCUUUCCAACAACGAAUUAAAAACCUGGAAGUUCUCGAUGGUCCUUUAUAGAAAAAAAAACGACUCAAUUUUAGUAACCCUAUACGAAACGCAAUGCGAGAUUGAGAUUGAGAUGAGCAUUUCAUAAAUCCCGAUAAAUCUAACAUGGAGAUUGUGCAAAACAUGCCGUACCUUUCAAUAAACAAAUUCCGAUAACAGAUAGCAAUCAAGGUCAUCACUCGCCGCAACAACGACACACACACCAAACGAUUCGCUGAGAUUAUUAUUAUUAUUAUUAUUAAAGCGAUUCGCGGAAAAACUAAAACUGGCCGAUGGAAAACUUUCACUAAAAAUACCCGGUGAAAUUCGAUAACGCCAGUCGCGCGACGAACUGCGAAUUGAAACAACAAAAACGAUUUUCCUCCUCGCCUCCUCCGGAUUAUUUUAAGAAACGAUGACCGAACGACGGUACCGAGAAAUCGCGGCUGGGCGAUCUGUUGAUUGGACGCGCGACGAUCACGUGCGAGACGCUGUUAUUCUGUCUUUUCACGGGCGAACCUUCAUCGCUCCGCUACCGCAACGAGACUAUUCCGUUCUAUUCGCUGUUCCGCUGAAUAAAACCGCAUUGGCCAUUGAAUGUCACAUUCGAUGUUCGAUUGCGCCGCGACAGCGACUCGCUUUCGUCGCCGGUUUCCCGUACAAACCGGACCGUCCGGCAACGCCGCUUCGUUUACACUUUAUCGAGGUAUCGGCUUGUUUGUCGCCGAUUUUCGGUACAAACCGGACCAUAUGGCAACGCCGCUUCGGAGGAAUAUACAGGUUGAUUCAUUUUAGUUCGCAAUGUAGGUAAUAUAGGCUACGGGGGUGCGAUAAAGACAACUUUCGCACUUUAACCCACUGUUAUUUUAAUAAUCUUUUUUUGUUUAAUUCGUAGGAACGACCGUAUUGCAAACUGAAACGCAUUCAAGGUGUAUAUUCACUGAUUUUCGGUUCGUUGUAGUCCCGAGUAAGCGACAACGUCGCAUUUUUGCGUUUGUCGGCGGUUUAUCGUACGGACGAGACCGCGUGGCAACGCCGCAUUUGGACAAAAUAUCGUUUAGAAACGUUAGAUUAGAUUAAGAUGGGAUGUUAAUUCGAAAAUGUUACUGAAUUAGUAGCUAAAAUGGACUUACCGAGAGAGCGCCAGCUUCCGAAAUUGAGAUAAUAAUUGUGGAAUGUUUGCACCAUAUUUAGCGAAAAAUCUCGGGAGAUUUCUUAAGCUUCAUUUGCGAGUCGAGCGAAAACCACUAAAAAUCUUCAAAGAUUCGAUAUCGCAUUUAUACGAAAUGCAAAAAUAAAUUUCAUAGACGGCGUUUCGGUUUUUUGCCUGCUCGAAUAUCGCCGAAAAUACCACCCGAAUUACACCCUUAUAACGCGAUCGUAACGGUUAAAAAUAACCGUAGGUUCGGUCGAAAUUGAUAGGAUUCCGAAUUUCCAAACCGGCGCGAAAAGAUGUAUUUCCGCGCGGUUUACCUUUCUAUCUUGUUAUAUAGGAAAAACCCGCCGGCGGGACGCCCGUGAAUAACUCGCAGCCGGCGCGAUUUAAUCGCUUUUCCCCGCUUCUGUUAAUUGCUUUUCCCCGAUACGUAAUUUCCACGUUAACGAUUCGGAUCAAUUGAUUCGCCAAACAACAUUAUGCAAAUUCGCUUGCGCCAUUCAACAGCAAAUCCGAUCGAUUUAUUAACUUGCUAAUUUAUUUAUAGGUAUAUAUAACGAAAUGAGCGGAUGCGGAGACAACACCCCUUUCGGAAACAGAACCCCGAUACCCUCCUGCAAAAAAUUCAACCCCCACAUUCCCUGCAACAAACUCGCCCUGCUCGCUUUGGAUAAAUCCCUCAAACAUAUGCAAGAUGGUGAUAAUCUUAAUCUCCACCCCGGUGCAAAAGAUGUUUUCGACGCCGCGAUUGACGAUGGACGGCGAAGGGGACGGCAUCAAGAACACCAGGAAACUGGCGACGAUGUCGGAGAAGAAAAUGCGCGCCCGGAAGAUCUUCGAAGAGAACAAACCGACGAUGACGGGCGAGCAGAAACGCGCCCGGUUCUGCUUGAGCAAGUCGAUGAGCGUCGCCGAGAUAACGCCUACCAGGAGCAAACCCCGAAGGAAACCAACGCCGAAACUGGAGCAGCUGGACCUGAGCGGCCUCUCCGGCGCGUCGAGCGACGACAAUCCGCUGGCGGUGGUGCUGCACGCGACGCCCCGCCGCCCGGCGGCGGCGUCGCGACGCUGCUCGCGAGACUGGGCGGCGUGCAAGGUGUACGGGCGGCUGUUGCUGUGCGUCUGGCGCCGGUACGGGGCGCGUUUGCGCGCCCUCUCCGACUCCAACGGGUCCCAACAGAACCAGAUCAGCCAAUUGGAGUUGCAAGUGGACUUCCUGAAGAACAUGAGGAACUCGGAAUGCGACAAGAGGAACGAGGCGCUCGCGGAGUGCGUGAAAUUGAAGAGGAAAAUCGAGCUGUUGGAGUUGGAAAAAGACGAUUUAAACGAAACGAUCAAACGUAAUCGAGACGAAUUGGAGGAGGUCAAGGGACACUUGAGAUACGCCGAAAUGGACGCGAACAAAUAUUCCGAGAGGCUGAAGAACGCCAAAGAGCAGCUGAAGAAGAGGAAAGAUGAAAAGCAAGAAUUACUCGUUAAUUUAGGCAAUCACGUGGACGAAAUACACGAGCAAAAAUCGAUUAUCAUCGAUUUGGAAGCGGCCCUCAAAAUCGCUGAAAAGAACCUCCGCAACGCCGAAUCGAAUUUACUCGUCAAAGAAAACGAAUGCGACCAGCUUUCCCGGAACCUCGAGUCGAAGUCGAAGGCGAACGUAUCGCUGAAGAACGAAAUCAACGAUUUGCAGAACUUGAUAGCGGAGCUGCGGAACCGUUCGGAGCAAUUCGAGGACGAGUUGAGGUGCUGCGCAGCGCACAUGGAGGAGCUGAAGGACGAGAAUCGCGGCGCCCAGGACGAGUUGGCGCGGCUGCGGACCGAUCUAUCGACGGAGAGGAAGAAAUAUUGGAGCGGGAGUAAGAAAGGACUGGCUUUAUUGUCUCUAACGGCGCUGCAAAAGCUCGCCGAAGUCGUAUUAUUGGUUUAUCACGAAUAUUGAGUGUCGUUUUUUUUAUUUUAUUUACAAAGCGUUUAUUCGUAUGUAUUUUUCUCGUAAGUGGAUGGCUAUUAACAAUUUUUUUAUAGUGGAUUUUAAAUAAAUAUUUUACUUGUAAUUGUCGCGUUCCCGCUAGUAGAGCGACUCGAAGAAAUGAGGUAUAUAAAUUUUGAUUUUUGAGUAGUCGCUUUACUAGCAAGAAAUUCGUUUCAAUUUUGUUCACGUUAAAAUUUGAAACAUGUGCUGUUUAUAAUUGCAUCCUACGAACUAAUAUAAUACAUAAUAAUCGUUAAAAACCUAAAAAAAUUACAAUAAAUAACGAAGCGUAAAAUGAAUCACAGCUGUGUGGCGUCAAACCAUUCCGAAGCCCUCCGUUCCUUCGCUAAUCGCCAGCAAAAGGGACUUCUCGAAAUGCUCGUAACA